AUGGCACAGGACAUGGAUGCUUCAGCAUAUGGCAUGGACGUGAUGGAUUGCGCAGCCCCACACACACUGACCUUGGACAAGAAAGGGAACAUCUACAUCACCUUCAAGGGCGCUGGAAGCAUCGGCGUCUUGCAGAACCCAGCAAACUGCGUGAACCUCGACGGCUGUUGGAAAAGUUUCCCUAUCGCAGCAGGAGCUAAGCCCUUCUACAUUGACAUUGCAACCGACGACACCACCGGCCACCAGUACAUCUAUUUCAACGAUGUCGCUGAUUCACACGUUGGCGUUUUCGACGUUACCCAUGGGCACUUCCCCCCUGCACCACCACGCAUUAUCAAUCUCCUGAAGCAUGGCUUCAACUUCAAUCCCAGGGCAGGCGGCUUGGUGGGUUUAUGGAAUGGUGCAGCCCUGUUCACGGCCUACUCCGAGAAAGGCUUGCUGAUGUAUGUGGACCCAGCUGGAGAUGUAGAGCCCGUUUUCUUGGCGAACCCAUCUGGUAUGACGACAGAUCCGUUGGCCUAUCUCCACAUCUGCGCAACACAUUUGGCGGACAUGUCCAAGCAGGAUAUCACUGUCCUCUCGUCAUCCAACGACUUCCCCUUCAUGGAAACAGAGCAGAGCCCCUACAAUCCAGAUGGCAUGCGGCAGAUCCGCGAUAUUGAUCUUCCGAAGAUUGUCUCCGCGAAGUGCAGCAGUGCGAG